UGGCUGAGCAGCGCCAUGGCGGUUGGCAAGAACAAGCGCCUUACGAAAGGCGGCAAAAAGGGAGCCAAGAAGAAAGUGCUUGAUCCAUUUUCUAAGAAAGAUUGGUAUGAUGUGAAAGCACCAGCUAUGUUCAAUAUAAGAAAUAUUGGAAAAACAUUAGUCACAAGAACUCAAGGAACCAAAAUCUCAUCUGAUGGCCUCAAGGGUCGGGUUUUUUAAGUGAGCCUUGCUGAUUUGCAGAAUGAUGAAGUUGCAUUUAGAAAAUUCAAGCUAAUUACUGAGGAUGUUCAGGGCAAAAACUGCCUGACUAAUUUCCAUGGCAUGGAUCUUACCCGUGACAAAAUGUGCUCCAUGGUCAAAAAAUGGCAGACCAUGAUCGAAGCUCAUGUUGAUGUCAAGACUACCGAUGGUUAUUUGCUUCGUCUAUUUUGUGUUGGUUUUGCUAAAAAACGCAAUAAUCAGAUUCGGAAGACCUCUUAUGCUCAGCACCAAUAGGUCCGUCAAAUUUGGA